UCCUGUCACGUGAGCCUUACGCAGAUGGGAAUCGAAUUUCGUACGUAAACAGGUUACAGGUAAAGUUCAGUUUUGUCAUUGGCAGCAGAGAGCAUACACAGAAAAACAACUGUGACAGCCACCAAAGUUAUCAUCCAAUUCAACAUGAGCCAGUUUCCAGGUUAUUACCCAGGCUAUCAAAGUUACCCAGGGUAUCCAGUCUACCCUGGUUAUCCAGUCUACUCUCAAACUCCAAUGAUGCCAGCUGGAAGCGUAUAUCCUUCCAAUGGAGGCUUUGUCUAUUCCAGCAUGUCAAUGACUCCAGCCCAACCCAUGAUGAUGUAUCCCCAGGUACCAAUGCCUGCCACUGUUGUCAUGAUGCCAGAUUCGCGAGUAUGGCCACCAAAGAUGAUGAACAUUGCUGCACAUGAAAAGAGUGGUGAUGAUCUUGAUAACAAAAAGACAGUUGCCAUUGAUGAGAAAUCAAAGACAACCAUCAGUGUGACUGAGAGCACUCAGACCAGACAGGACCUCAUCCCAGGGGCUAGUGGUGCAGCUGUGGGGAUCACAGGAGCAGUUGGGAUGAACACCGCAACUUAUAAUCCCUAUGGCCCCUACUACCAGUACUGUUACCAGUAUAAGAAUUAUUAGGACCAUUUUUAUUGAAGGUCAAUGUCCUCCUGGACUAGAAGGUACUAAAUGUUAAAUAAAAUAGUUUCACUAAAGACCUGCAGAUAUGGAUCAUUUUAUGGAGGAAGUGUGUGAAAUAAAAUACAUGUUCUCAAUAGCAUGCCACAAGCAGAAAGGGGGAGUGAUGGAGAAACAAAAGGGAGGUGUUUGUACAGAUUCCAAUUUAUGUAUUUUGAUCCAGGUGUUUUAUUCCCUACUGCUGCCAGCCUUUAUCUGCAGUCAACACAAGAAAAAGAACGUAUGUUUUGAAAGGGGUAUAACUGAUUUAUAUUGAGUUUUGACCUGAAAAUCAGGUAGAAGAAAUUGUUAAAACUUAACAUGCAGGUAUGCCUUCAUUUUUAUGUUUAUAAGUGCCUUCCUUUCUUCCUCCUUCGGUCCAACUGCAAUAGAGCCAGUAGCUGAAAAUUUUGAAUACAGUCAGAAUGUAGAGAGGUUGGACAAAACUGGAUUUCUGACCAGAAGUUUCUUUAAAGGGUAUUUUAAAGGUUUUAAGCUUUGUGGAUUUUACUGUUUGCUUCUGGAUGAUGCAGCAGCCCUAUAGCUUAAACUUUGACUGCCAGACACAGUUGCUUGUGAUUUUUCAGCCUGGUUUGUUGAAAACCUAUUUUGCUAUUUUUAGGCAGAGUAGCAAAACAUUCAAAGACUUGGUAAGGCUGUAUAAUGCUCUGAAGUGGCAAUGAGCAGUUGAGAAUACUGCUGAUGUAGGGGAUACUUAAGUAUACCCUGGAAGGUUUGGUUCUACAUUUAGUGCCAUGCAUUGCUCUUAGACUUUGCAGAUAUUCUAACAGCAUGAUGCUGACCAGCUGAAUGUGUUGAUGCAGAUUUAGCAUAGUUGCUGAUUCCAUGGAUUUAAAUGCAUUAUAAAUGUUACUUUUACUGAAGUUGGUCAUGGGGAAAAUAGUUACAAUUUUUGCAGUAACACAUUGAUUAGCACAAUGGACAAGAAGCUUAUAUUUUUAUUAUAUUGUGGCCUUCUUUGUGAAUAUUCUAUAGAUCAGUUGUUGUUUUGGAAAAAAAAAGGUUGAAGGUCAUUGUUUAAGUCAUUGUUUAUUGUGGAGUUCACCUCGUGCUUUCCGAAACCUUAGACUGUUAAUGACAUUAUACCACAUUCACUUACAAUACAUUUUCUGUUUUAACAUUUGUCUCCAAUCUUGAUCCAUUUUAUACUCCCACAAAUAGUCGAGUCAUUAUGUAAGUGCAGGUAUGAAUGAUGUGAAACAAGUAAAUAGGAGUGGGUGGAUGGAAAGAGACUGUUGAAUUAGAGCACUAUGCAUCGUUGGGGAAACAACUUUUUUCACCAGUCGAAUAGAUGUGAAAUGUCUGAAACUUGACUUUGGAGAUUUAUGAACUCUGUCGGGUUUGUGUGUGUCUCUUUUAAACAGUUUUUAUGAAUGUCUGAAUGGAAGAAGUUCAUAUCUUGUGGAUCUGCAAGAAAGUUCUUAUAUUUGCACCCGAAGGGAAUAAACUUUGUUGAAUCUCC